AUGGUCCCCGAGAAGAAAGAAGAAGCUUGUGAAGUUAACUUCCGGCAAAGCAAUCCAACAAUGCGAGCUUCGACAAUUUUACUCUGUAGUGUUGUUCUGAUUCAGCUGUUUGCUGCUCAAAUCAAUACUCAAAGAUCUAAAAGUCCAUGGCAGACACUCAGUGGUGAUGCUCCUCUUGUGAUUGCUCGUGGUGGGUUUUCUGGAUUGUUUCCAGAUUCGAGUAGUGCUGCUUACGAUUUGGCAAAGCAGACAAGUUUAGCUCGUGGUGUUCUAUGGUGUGAUGUUCAGCUAACCAAAGAUGGACAUGGGAUUUGCUUCCCUGAUUUAAAAUUGAACAAUGCUUCAACUAUUGAAUUUUUUUACCCAAAUCGCCAUAAAACUUACCCGGUUAAUGGAGUCACUACUCAGGGUUGGUUCACCAUUGAUUUCUCCUUGAGAGAUCUCAAGAAUAUUUCUUUGAUCCGAGGAAUAUUAUCUAGGUCAGAAAAAUUUGACGGAAAUGGAUACUCGAUUUUAACGGUCCAAGAUGUAUCCAUGCAGAUUAAACCAGAAAGUUUUUGGUUAAAUGUUCAGCACGAUGCGUUCUAUGCUCAACAUAAUCUGAGCAUAAUCAGUUUUCUGAUAUCAGCUUCAAGAACUGUUUCCAUUGACUACAUCUCUUCCCCUGAAGUGAAUUUCUUUAGGAAAAUUUCCGGUCGUUUUGCACCUAAAGGACCGAGUUUGGUAUUCCAGUUUCUUGGAAAAGAAGAUUUGGAGCCGACAACAAAGAGAACUUACGGUUCUAUCUUGAGUAACUUAACUUAUGUCAAGACGUUUGCUUCAGGAAUUCUUGUUCCCAAAUCGUAUAUAUUUCCACUCGAUGACAAGCACUACUUGCUCCCUCCUACAUCAUUAGUACAAGAUGCUCACAAAGUAGGAUUACAAGUAUAUGUGUCAGGUUUUGUAAAUGAUGCUGAUAUUGCUCACGACUAUAGUUCCGAUCCAGUGUCUGAGUAUCUAUCUUUUGUGAACAAUGGUGAUUUUUCUGUCGAUGGUCUGCUGUCUGAUUUCCCCGUAACUGCAUCUGCAUCCAUUGACUGCUUCUCCCACAUCGGCAGAAACGCUACAGAACAAGUGGAUUUUCUUGUUAUAUCGAAAAAUGGUGCGAGUGGGGACUACCCCGGAUGUACAGACUUGGCAUAUGAGAAGGCAAUCAAAGAUGGAGCUGAUGUUAUUGAUUGCUCGGUCCAAAUGUCCAGCGAAGGAAAACCCUUUUGCUUAAGUUCGAUAGAUCUCAAGCAAAGUACAAUGGUAGCCCAAAGUCCUUUUACAAAUCGUUCAACAAUGAUUCCUGAGAUUAGCUCAGAUGCUGGAAUAUACACCUUUAGUCUCACAUGGUCUGAGAUUCAGAGUUUGACUCCUGCGAUUUCAAACCCCUUCAGGGUAUAUAAAAUGUUCAGGAAUCCAAAUGAGAAAAAUUCUGGGAGGAUUAUCUCACUCUCUAAAUUCCUAAACUUGGCAAAUAACUCCACUUCUCUCUCCAGUGUUUUGAUCAGUGUACAGAAUGCAGUGUAUCUGAGAGAGAAGCAAGGGCUCGACGUGGUUAAAGCAGUUCUCGAUACACUCACGGAAGCUGGUUACAGCAAUGGAACAACCAUAACAAAGGUCAUGAUUCAGUCAACGCACAGCUCGGUUCUUGUUGACUUCAAGAAGAAGAGCAAGUACGAAACUGUCUACAACAUUGAAGAAACCAUUCGUGAUAUUAGUGACUCUGCUAUCGAAGACAUAAAGAAAUUUGCCAACGCUGUUGUCAUCACAAAAUCAUCCGUCUUUCAUGACUUUGAAGGGUUUGUCACGGGGCAAACAAAUGUUGUGGAGAGGCUUCGGAAGUCUAAGCUUCCGGUUUACGUGGAACUCUUUCAGAAUGAGUUUGUAUCUCAACCAUAUGACUAUUUUUCAGAUGCAACUGUUGAGAUUAACACAUAUAUCACUUAUGCCGGUAUCAGUGGAACCAUAACAGAGUACCCUCUCACAGCUGCAAGAUACAAAAGGAACCAAUGUUUGGGGAGAAAUGAAACUCCAUCUUACAUGUCCUUUUUUAAACCCGGUAGCUUCUUAAGCCUUGUGAAUCCAAAGUCCUUACCUCCAGCAGAAGCUCCAAACCCGGUUUUCACAGAUGAUGAUGUCACUGAGUCUCCACUACCCCCGGUUACUGCAAAGUCCCCAAAUUUGAAUUUCACAGAUGAUGGUCAUUACAAACUUUGCAGCCAACCGUUUAGCUGUGGCGAUCAGAGGGAUCUCUUGUACCCUUUCUGGAUACCAGGCAGGGAAGAGUGCGGCUACCCCGGCUUCAUGCUCAACUGUAGCGGUGCAUUCGCAGAGAUGACUGUCUCCUCCGUGAAGUUCAGAAUCUUAAUGGCAAACUAUGACUACCAUAUCAUAAGUCUCGCCAUAUCAGACUACAUCGACAAUCUUUGUCCCACAAACCCUCGAAAUGAAUCAUUCUACCUGAGCGCCCUUCAGUUCGCACGUGGCACCGAGCUGCUAACCAUUUUAUAUGGCUGUCCAGACCUAUCAGCUCUUAUCUCCACUAGCCAAGUUUACAAUUACUUUACCGAGUUUCAGUGUAAGGAUGAUGUGGAAGGUUUGAAAAAUUACGGUGUUGUGAAAAACAGUUCGUCUGUUUUACUAUACGGGAGGGAUGGCACUAAAAACUUGGAGCAAAACUGUAGAUCAGAAGUCAGUAUACCUGUUUCGGCAUCGACGUUACACACUCUGCGUUUGGAUAAUCCGAAGAAGUCUCUUGAACAGGGUUUUAAUCUUGAAAUUAACCAAGACUGCUCAAUGUGCUUAGAGUCCAAGGGUGCUUGUGGGUACAAUCAUAUUUCGAGGGGAUUUGUCUGCUAUUGUGACGAUGCGACUCAUGGCCAAAACUGUGGCUCUGGAAAGAGAAGUGACGGGUCUUUGAUCAAAGCGAUUCACAAAGGGUCUCUGUCCAACCCAAUUCCCAAAGUUUCGGGUUCGGUAGCAGGCGUUGUUCUGUUCGUGAUCUUAUUAUCACUCUCUCUUCAUUUUCUCCGGAAGAGAGAAUUACGUCUGAGACAACAUAAUCUGAUGUCCCUCAUUCCACUCAAGCACUAUACUUACGCACAGGUGAAAAGAAUUACAAAGUCAUUUGCAGAAGUGGUUGGGAGAGGCGGAUUUGGAAUUGUUUAUAGAGGAACCCUCUCUGAUGGUCGUAUGGUUGCGGUGAAAGUCUUGAAAGACUCAAAGGGUAAUGGUGAAGAUUUCACCAAUGAAGUUGCAAGCAUGAGCCAAACUUCUCAUCACAACAUUGUUACCUUGCUUGGUUUCUGCUCCGAAGGUUCCAAAAGAGCCAUUAUAUAUGAAUUCUUGGGAAAUGGAUCUCUUGAUAAAUUCAUCUCAGGCAAGUCCUCGGUGAAUUUGGAUAGGACUACGUUGUAUCAGAUUGCGCUAGGAGUUGCUCGUGGCCUGGAGUAUUUGCAUCAUGGCUGCAAAACAAGGAUUGUACAUUUCGACAUCAAACCACAAAAUGUGCUCUUAGAUGAAAACUUUUGCCCCAAGGUUUCGGAUUUUGGCCUUGCUAAGCUCUGUGAGAAGAAAGAGAGUGCUUUGUCAUUGCUGGACACAAGAGGCACAAUAGGGUACAUUGCACCAGAAAUGAUUUCAAGAGUUUAUGGUAGCGUGUCUCACAAGUCAGAUGUUUAUAGCUUUGGAAUGUUGGUUCUUGAGAUGAUUGGCGCAAGGAAUAAAGAAAGUGCUCAUGAAGACUCUGCUUCUAACACAAGUUCAAUAUACUUUCCUGAAUGGGUAUAUAGGGAUCUUGAAUUAGGAAAGCCCACCAGAUGUCUUACCGAGAACGGAAUCAGCAAUGAGGAAGAGGAGAUAGCCAAGAAGAUGACAUUGGUGGGUUUGUGGUGUAUUCAGUCCUCCCCAUUGGAUCGCCCACCGAUGAACAGAGUUGUAGAGAUGAUGGAAGGAAGCCUUGAAGCUAUUGAAGUGCCUCCGAGACCUGUCUUGCAGCAAAUUUCCACGGCAACUCUUCAGGAAUCUCUAACGCUUUCAGAUAGUUUGGUUUAAGCAGAAUUUCUAUAUCAGUAGCCUCUUUGAAAUUU